UUUGUCUUUGGACCUCGAAGAGGUAGGAUGGUGCGCUCUCUCGGCUUCGACUGUAGCGCCAUCUAUGUGGAAACAGCGCAAACUACUCAACAACUUACCGACUCCCGUAUGAUAAGUCAGGAAGUAGUUUCCGCUACUAUCGGAUAGAUGGCGCUAGCGUUCCCUUCGGAAAAUCGAUCGUUGUCAGUGCGAGGUGUGGUAAAGGAAGAACUAAUAAAAUUGGUACGAAUGUCAUACUAACUAUACGCUGCCAUACAGAGAAGAAGUGGACUUAUAGAAAGAUCUGGAAACACAGAUUACAAUAAUUGAAGAUGGAUACGUCGUGGAGGAAUACUCGUGAAGCUCUUAAAAACUUUGCAAGUAUACUAACAUGUAACAAAUGUGGAAGUAAACCAAUAGAUGCAGUGAGAUAUACAAAUUGUGGUCACUUUUUUUGCAAUCAAUGUACUGUAAAUCACUCUGUAUGCAUAAGAUGUAAUAUACCUGUGCAACCAGUUGAAACAUGUAAUGAUCACUUAAUUAAGAAUCUUGUUUCUUAUUGUAGUACUAUUGCAGAAAUAAUACAGGAAAAAGAUUUGUGGAAUACAACUACAGAUGUAAAUACCUCACAAAUCCUUAGUGUACCACAAUCUGUACCAAAAGCUUCCAGUGUAAAUUAUCGCAUACCAAAGAAAAAUAUAAAUAAAAAAAAUGAUAAAGGAGAAACAAAAUUACACAUUGCUUGUAUAAAGAAGCAAGAAGAUUAUGUAAAAGCUUUAUUAACUGCUGGUGCAAAUCCAAAUACAAAAGAUCAUACUGGUUGGACACCUUUACAAGAAGUUGUAAAUUUUGGAUAUACUAGUAUAUGUAAACUACUGUUAGAAUGUGGUGCAUUACCCAAUACACCUGGUGCAGAAAAUAGAAGAGCACUGCAUGAUGCUGCUAUGACCAAUAGGUUACCAGAAGCACAGCUGCUUUUAAAAUAUUCUGCUAGUAAACAUGUAUAUGACAUCCAUGGAAAAAAGCCUAUAGAUUACUGUAUACCACAAAGUGAAAUGUGGAAUAUUUUGAAAGAUGAAAAUGACGAGACAAAUGAAGAAGUUACAUUUUUUAAUAGUACUUUAAAUCAAUCAUUUUCUGCAACGCAACCAUUUAAUAGAAUUGUUAUAUAUGCAUCAAAUUUAAAAGAUGAAGAUAAAAAAUACUUAGAGGAGAUGGCUUCAAAGCAUAGAAUUAAAAUUGCUUCUGUAUUUGGAUCCACUGUAACUCAUGUCAUAGUAGAAGCAAAUAGUAAAAAUAUCGUACAGCUAUCGUACAAUGUAAUGAUGGCACUCUUGCGCGGAUGUUGGUUACUUAACACUGAAUGGAUUCAACUAGGUAUGGAUAUAGAUGAAAUAUUAAAAGGGGAUUUGGAAGUAUUUGAAGUAAGUGGGGUACCAGACAAAGGUAUUCCGAAGCAAGCUAGAGAAAGUGCACAAAAUCAGAAUCCAGGUCUUUUUAGUCAGUGUUAUUUUUAUUUUGCUUUGCAAUCAAACAAGGAAUAUGUAAUAAAUGAUAUGUUACUAACAAAAGACGCUUUGAUAAAACUUGUACAAGCAGGUGGUGGUACAGUCUUAAAAAGAGAACCAGAUCCUGAGAUUAUAAAAGAAAAAGAACAACUCAUUCCUUUUCAUAUUGCAAAUGAACCUACUCAUUCUUUAUAUAAGUGCAGUCAUUAUAUUAUAUAUGCUGUACAAAGAGACGAACAACGCAUAAAAUAUAAUAUGCCUCAUAUAAAAGCGCUACCACUUGUGUGGUUAAUUGAAUGCAUAGAAAAAUUUACUUUAGUUGAUCCAUUACAAUUAGGUUUACUUAGAUUUACUUAAAUUUACGUGUGACUUCCGGUUUUAUAAUGAUAACUAUUUUAUAUAACAUAAUAAAUAAU